UUCACCCACUAAUAACUUGGAGGGGAAGCGCAGGCUGCACGGAAAGCUCAGGCUGGGUGACAGAUGCAAAGAAGCCAUUCCUGCUGAAAGGACAAGCCUGGUGGAAGAACAACUCCAAUCUUGUUGGAGGUGCCUGUUGGAGCAUAGAACUGGAGAUGGAAAUGCAAGCUGCAGCUGGCCCAGAGACCAUCAAGUCUGGUGGCAGUGAGGAAUUCUGGGAAAGCAGUGUGGAGAAGGCCAUGGGUUGGGACACAAUCAGUUCAGAUGUAUACUACCAGCACUUCAGGUGCUUACGCUACAAGGAGGCUGAAGGACCCCGAGAGCUCUGCAGCCAACUCCACAGGUUUUGCCAUCAGUGGCUCAAACCAGAGCAACACACAAAACACCAGAUGCUGGACCUGGUGAUCCUGAAGCAGUUCCUGGCCAUCCUGCCCCCAGAGAUGGAGAGCUGGGUCAGGGAAUGUGGGCCAGAGACCAGUUCGCAGGCAGUGGCCCUGGCAGAAGGUUUCCUUCUGAGCCAAGCAGAGGACAAAAAGCAGGAAGAACAGCAGGUGCAGGACCGGUUAGCAGAAGCGAACCCUAACUUUUCUGAGGCAGAGAAGACUCUAUCAGAAACCAGACGGAAGCUGCAGUUCAGUGGGAUCUCUCAGGGGGGUGAUGCAGAUGCCACCUCACUGGGCUUUGGAAUAUCUCUGGCAAUGAGUUCACAGUCGGGUCCUCUGUGUGGUGGAAGAGAAAUGGCUUCUCUGCAACCACAUCAGGGUCCCUUGUCCUUUGAGGAGGCUGCGGUGCAUUUCACGGAAGAUGAGUGGGCUUUGCUGGAUGCAGACCAAAGAACCCUGCACAGAGAAGUCAUGGAGGAGACAACUUGGAAUGUGGCCUUUCUGGGUGAUUGGUGGACAAGGAAGUAUGAGGGAGAACCAUGCAAAGCAUUAGUGGAAAGAGUGAGAUGUAAAGGAGGACGACAGCUGAAGAAGGAAACAGAAGCACAACUGGAAAGGAGGAAUAAACUCUCUGCUCUUCAUGCUCAUGGCUCCCAGGAGACCAAUAUCCAAGAAGAAAUAGACAAAAGAAAUCAAAGAAGGAAGUACCUCUUUAAAACUGAAGCUUUUUUGAAGAAAAAUGUCAUUUUUAAAUCGAGGGUUAAACAUAAUUGGAGACUCAAGAGAGGAGAGAAGCCAUUUCAAUGUUUGGAGUGUGGAAAGAGCUUCAGUCAGAACUCAGCCCUUACACAGCAUAAGAGAAUUCAUACAGGAGAGAAACCAUUUAAAUGUUUGGAGUGUGGAAAGAACUUCAGUCGGAAAUCAGCCCUUACACAACAUAAGAGAAUUCAUACAGGAGAGAAACCAUUUAAAUGCUCUGUGUGUGGAAAGAGCUUCAAUCGGAGAUCAGCUCUUAUAAAACAUCAAAUAAUUCACACUGGAGAGAAAGGAUUUAAAUGUUUUGAAUGUGGAAAAAGCUUCAGUGGGAGAUCAGAACUUACAAAAUAUCCAAGAAUUUGCAUAGGGGAGAAAGUAUUUAAAUGCUCUGAGUGCAGGAAGAGCUUCAAUAGGAGCCCAGAUCUUACACAUCAGCAAAUAAUUCACAUAAGAGGGAAACCAUUUCAAUGUUUAGAGUGUGGAAAGAGCUUCAAUUGGAGCUCAUGUCUUAAGAGACAUCAACGAAUUCACAAAGUAGAGAAGCCAUUUAAAUGUGUGGAGUAUGGAAAGAGCUUCACUUGCAGUGAAGAACUUAGUGUAUGUCUAAGAAUUCAUCCAAGAGAGAAGCCCUAUAAAUGCUUCAAGUGUGAAAAGAGCUUCAUAUGGAGCACGGAUCUUAUGAGACAUGAAAGAAUUCAUACAGGAGAAAAACCGUUUACAUGUUUUGACUGUGGAAAGAGUUUCAGCCAGCGAGAACACCUUAGCAUACAUCUAAGAACUCACACAGGAGAGAAAUGCAUGGAAUCUGGAAAGAGCUGUAGUCAGAGCUCAAAACUUAGACAACAUCAAAGAAUCCAUACGGGGGAGAAGUCAUUUAAAUGUAGGAAAUGUGGAAAGAGCUUCAGCUGGAGCCCAGAUCUUAAACGACAUGUAAAAAUUCACAGAGGAGAGAAGCCAGUUAAAUGUUUGGAGUGUGGAAAGAGCUUCAGAUGGCGCUCAGACCUUACAAGGCAUGAAAGAAUUCACACAGGAGAGAAACCAUUUAUAUGCUUGGAGUGUGGGAAAAACUUCAGUUGUAGCUCAAGACUUGCACAACAUGAGAGAACUCACAUAGAAGAGAAACCCUAUAAAUGUCUGGAGUGUGGGAAGAGCUUCAAUUGGAGCUCAAGACUUGCACAACACCAGAGAACUCACACAGGAGAGAAACCAUUUAAAUGUCUGGAGUGUGGAAGGAGCUUCAGUCAGACCUCAGAUCUUAGGAGACAUGAAAGAAUUCACACAGGAGAAAAACCAUUCAAAUGCUUGGUGUGUGGAAAGAGCUUCCGUCAAAGAUCAGUCCUUGUUAGCCACCAAAGAAUUCAUACAGGAGAGAAACCAUUUAAAUGUUUGGAAUGUGGAAAAAGCUUCAGCUGGAGCUCAGAUUUUAGAAAACAUCAGAGAAUCCAUACAGGAGGGAAGCCAUUUAAAUGUCUGGAGUGUGGAAAGAGCUUCAGCUGGAGUUCAGAUCUUACAAAGCAUCGAAGAAUUCAUACAGGGGAGAAACCAUUUCAGUGUUUGGAAUGUAGAAAGAGCUUCAGUCACAGCUCAGAUCUUACAAAACACCAGAGGAUUCACACAGGCGAGAAACCAUAUAAAUGUUUGGAGUGUGGAAAGAGCUUUAGUGAAAGCUCUAAUCUCACACAACAUCAAAGAAUCCAUACAAGUGAGAAACCAUUCAAAUGUUUAGUGUGUGGAAAGAGCUUCAGUCGGAGUGAACACCUUACUGUUCAUAAAAGAAUUCACACAGGAGAAAAACUAUAUAAAUGCCUGGAGUGUGGAAAGAACUUCAAUCAGAGCUCAGAUCUUACAAAACAUCAAUUAAUUCACACAGGAGAGAAACCAUUUAAAUGUCUGGAGUGUGGAAAGAGCUUCAGUUGGAGCUCAGAUCUUAAGAGACAUAGAAGAAUUCACACAGGAGAGAAACCAUAUACAUGUUCAGAGUGUGGAAAGGGCUUCAGUUGCAGCUCAGCUCUUACAAAACAUCAAAGAACCCACACAAGAGAGAAACAAUUUAAAUAUCUGGAAUGUGGAAAGAAGAUCAGUGAGAAUUCAAAUAAUACACAACAUGAAAUAAUUCAUACAACAUAGCAAGGAUAUAUGUGUUUUGAGUGUGAAAAAGAAUCUAAAUCUAAAGCGUCCUCUCUGACCUGCUUUAAAGACAGCCCCGUGGUAUUCGGAUGAGUUACGGGAACUGAAGCGGUGAGGUAGACGACUAGAGUGCAAAUGGAGGAAGACUCAGUGUGAGUCUGAUCGAGUACAACAUAGAGCACAUUUGAAGAUCUAUGUUCUGACAGUGCGGGCAGCAAAGAAGCAGUUCUUUUCUGUCCGCAUUGCUUCCGCAAACUUACAUCCAGCUGAGUUGUCUAGGGUUGUGAGGGGGCUAGGAUGUAUCCCCUCCCCCUUGAAUUUAAACUUGGAACCAUUGGUUACUCGCUGUGACAUUUUAAAUGACUUUUUUUGCGGAUAAGAUUUCUCACAUUUGGGCCGAGCUGGAUUCCAUGUUUAUUGCAGGGUCUGCUGUGGAGGUCUCCAGCAACUCCUCUUAUGGGAUUAGAUUGGAUCAUUUUCAGUUUGUGACAUCUGAGGAAGUGGACAAACUGCUUUGGACUGUGUGCCCUACAACCUAUUCUUUUGACCCUUGCCCCAACCUGGCUUAUCUCAUCUAGUAAUAAUAUUAUCAGAGAGGGUCUGGUAAAUAUUAUAAAUGCUUCUCUGAGCGGGGCAGGGUGCCUCCUUUUGUUAAGAAGGCUAUUAUUAGACCAUUUUUGAAGAAACCUGCGCCACUUCCCUCAGAGUUAGCUUACAGACCUGUUUCUAACCUUCCAUGGUUGGGCAAGGUGAUUGAACAGGUGGUGGCUUCUCAACUCCAGGCAGUUCUGGAUGAUAAAGAUUAUCUAGACCCAUUUCAGACUAGCUUUCGUGUGGGCUAUGGGGUCGGGACUGCCUUGGUCGGCCUGAUGGAUGAUCUCCAAUUGGCUAUCGACAGAGUGAGUGUGACUCUGCUGAUCCUCUUGGAUCUCUCUGCAGCUUUUGAUACCAUCAACCAUGGUGUCCUUCUGGACUGCCUGAGGGAGGUGGGAUUGGGUGGCACAGUGGUUCCGCUCCUAUCUCUCUGGUAGAUUCCAGAUGGUGUCGCUUGGAGACUGUAGCUCUGCAAAGUGAGAACUGAAGUAUGGAGUCAGUUCCACAAGGCUCCACACUGUCUCCAGUGCUCUUUAACAUCUACAUAAAACCGCUGGGAGAGAUCAUCAGGAGGUUUAGGUGCUGAGUAUUAUCAAUAUGCUGAUGACACCCAGAUUUACUUCUCCAUGUCGACCUCAUCAGGAAAUGGCAUAUCUUCCCUAAAUUCCUGCUUGGAGGCGGUAAUGGGCUGGAUGAGGGAUAACAAACUGAAGAUGAAUCCAGAUAAGAUGGAAGUACUGACUGUGGGGGGACGGGACCCGAGAGAUGGUUUAGAUCUGUCUGUUCUGGAUGGGGUUACACUCCCCCUGAAAGAUCACGUACGUAGCUUGGGAGUGCUCCUGGACCCAAAGCUCUCCCUGGUUUCUCAGGUUGAGGCGGUGGCCAGGAGUGCUUUUUAUCAGCUUAGGCUGAUACGUCAGCUACAUCCAUUUCUAGAGGUGAAUGACCUUAAAACAGUAGUACAUAUGCUGGUAACCUCCAUACUUGACUACUGUAAUGUGCUCUACAUGGGGCUGCCUUUGUACGUAGACCAGAAACUACAAUUGGUACAGAAUGCGGCAGACAACUUGGUCUCUGGGACAGGGACCACAUAACAAUGGUUUUGAAAGAAUGCCGAUAUGCUUCUGGCUUGGGACCAGGUUAUUUAAGAGAGCGCCUCCUUUGUCAUGAACCCUCUCGCCAUUUAUGAUCUUCUAGAGAGGUCCGGUUAUGGUAGCCACCAGCUCGUCUGGUGGCGACUCAGGACCGGACUUUCUCUGUGGCGGCCUGGGGCUUUGGAACAUGCUCCCUGCUGAAAUAAGAACAUCUCCUUCUCUGUCUGUUUUCACGAAGACCCUCAAGACUUUCCUGUUCUCUCAAGCUUCUAAUUAGAAUUUUAAUAAUUUUAAUAAUUUGUUUUAUAUAUUGUUUUUAUUGUGUUGUGUAUUUUAACUUGUGAUUUCAAUGUUGGCAUUUGUACACUGCCUAGAGAUUUACAUAUCAGGCGGUAUAAAAAUAUGAUAAAUAAAUAAAUCUGUUUCUCUGUCACCAUCAUCAGGAGAAGGCAUAACUCUAUAUGCCUGCCUGGAAGUGGACUGAAUCCAGAUAAGACAAAGGUACUUAUUAUGCAGGGUCAGAACUCAGGAGACUAUUUUGAUCUGCCAUUCUGGAUGGGGUCACAUGUCCCCAGAAGGAACAGGUACACAGUCCAGAGGUGCUUGUGGAUCCGAGCCUCUCCCUGGUGUCUCGGGUUGAGGCGGAGGCCAAAGAUGCUUUCUAUCAGCUUUGGCUGAUACGCCAGCUAUGUUCAUUUCUUGAGAUGAACGACCUCAAAACAGUGGUACAUCUGCUGGUAACCUCUAGGUUGGUUUACUGUAAUGCGCUCUAUGUGGGGCUGCCUUUGUAUGUAGUCUGGAAACUGCAGCUGUGUACAUAAUAUAGCAGCCAGGCUGGUUUCUGGGUCAUCUCGGAGAGACCAUAUUACUUCAGUAUUGAAAGUGUUACACUGGCUACUAAUACGUUUCUGGGCAAAAUACAAGGUGCUGGUUAUAAAGCCCUGAACAGCUUAGGCCCUGGGUGUUUAAGAGAAUGUCUUUGCCAUGAGCCCCACUGCCUAUUGAGAUAAUCAGGAGAGGUUUGUCUGCAGUUGCCACUGGCUCAUCUGUUGGCUACUCAGGGAUGGGCCUUCUCUGUUGCUGCUCUGAGGCUUUGGAAUGUGCUCCCUGCUGAAAUAAGAGCCUCCCCAUCUCUGACAACUUUUAAACAGUCUGUAAAGAAACAUUUCUUAACCCAGGCUUUUAAUGAGAUUCUGUUUGAUGGUUUUUAACAUUGUUUUAACAUUUUAAAUUAUUGCAACGUGUUAACCUUUUAAUUUUGCUGUAAUUUGUAUUAUUUUAUUGUAAACUGCCUGGAGACGUAUGUUUGGGGUGGUAUACAAAUAUGUCAAAUAAAUAAAUAAAAUAAGAGUA